AUGGAUUAAAUGCACUUGUCAAAAGUAUUAUGUAUGACCAAGCUUUUAAUACCCUAGGCAAGAGUAGAAUUUCACAUUAAUAAUAAAAAUUAAGCUUCGAGGGCAAGUGUUGAGUAUUAUGGAGCUAAAUUAGAAGGAAUAAUUAGAAACGAUUGUUUUAGAUAUAAUGGAGAGAAUGUUGAUACUGCUUUAUACUCAAUGUUACCUGAAGAUUAUGAAAAUAUAAAAGAAAAAUUAAGCGCUUACUGA